AUGGCUGACAAGAACGUCAACCAGCCCCUGGUCAAGUAUCGUGGAUACCGAACAUUAUCAAGAGCGUCCACCCAAAAUGCCGGAUCGAAAUCUUCUAGAAAUCUCGAUUCUACACACAACCUUUCACCACCAAGUGUGCUCGGCGUAAGAAAAUAUCCCAGAAUUCCCGCCAAAAUGAAAUAUGACACUCAAGUCAUUUUCCUUCCAUCAAAAGACGAACAAAAUGUUGUCAAUGAGACUCCAUCUAACCGCAACAAAAUCAAUCAACUUGCGUCAUCGAGUUCUCACCGAGACCAAACUGGAAACGGAGCGAAUGGAAACGGUGGCGAUAGUCGUGUGGAUCAAGAAAACAUGCGUUCUUCUUCUUCUUCAAAUAGAAAUGAUCUCCGCACUAAUAUGUCAAAAAUGGAUAAUCGAGAGCAAAGAACUUCCUUUGACAGCAGACCGAUUUCAAGAAACCACCAAGAAGGUGGGCAACCUGAGUAUGACAAUGAUUCACGAAACGAGUCACAAAAUUACGAAUACCACACUGACUACGACGUAAAGUCGUGGGUUAAUCAAACUCAGCAAAGAGCAAGAAUCUCAGAUGAUGGCGACGCUUUUUACGACAAUGAAUACGAAACAAUGGAAAACAAGGAGGCAUCACCAAAAACAGAUUUCCAAGAAUGCGCAAAUCGUCUCUUCACCGACAACGGAUCUUCUCCAGCUAUUGGAGCAACUUCAAGAAAUGACGGGAAUUUGGACAAUGUACAAUCAAGUGAGCCGAAUGUGAACGAUUCUCGUGAAAGCAAAAUUGAGGAGGUUCGUACGAUCCUGCAAACGCAACAGCCAUUUGUUGAAAAGAAACAAUUAAAAUUCGGACAAGGGUUUGGUAUCGAUCAUUAUCCGGAUACAUCGCUUCCAAAGAAAAUAAACAGUUUUGGAUCAGAGGCAGGAUACGCCCGCCGUACUGAAAGCAAACAUCCUAAAAGUUCGAACUCGACAUAUCAUAGUGAGAAGAACGUGAAUAAUACAUAUUUUCGAAGCGAAUCGUUGAUGGACCAGAAUCGUGUGACAGCCCCAGAUUCAAGAAGAACGCCAGAAACAUCUUACACAAAUCACAACGAGAAUGCCAUCGUUGACCAACCGGAUGGCUACAAUUCUCCUGGAUACGGACCAUCCCUAUUGAAUGAAUCAAAAUUUCAAACAAGCCCAUCAAACCGAUCUUCGACUCCAAAGCCUUUGCUCGACCAAGUGUACAACGGGAAUGAUGUACAAGGCUCAUCUUCACAACCGAAUUGGCAAUAUAACCAAAACGCAACUAGACACUCCUCAUUUUUACAGGACACGGGAUUUCCAAGUGCUGAAACAAUUUCUAGUUCUGAUUCACUUAAUUACAUGGAAAAGAACCAUGAGAGCACAGAUUGUAAGAAGUCUCAACAACAUGAUCCAUUUUCAUUCAGUCGUGAGGAUCUCAUGGCAAUCAAAUCAAAUUCCACGUACCCUCCUCGUGCUAUCCGAACAAUAACUUCAAAAAUUGGAAAACUCGCAAAAGCCUAUGAGCCGAAAUAUACUUUCAACAGAUUUGCGAAAGAGUUUGUUCCGUCUGAAUUGAAAACCAAUGUUGAAUCGUUUGGAAAAAGCUAUAAAACUUCCACUUCAACGUCUCAUUAUUUCAAGUCAUGCGCCAACGCUGAAACUAGCACUCGUGUUUCUAUCGAAAUCCAAACCGAUCCCAAAAAAGUGAUUGCAACUGAAUCGCAAACAGACACGGAUGAUCGAUUCGAGAUGUACGAGAAUAAACUGAUCGGAGCUAGAAGAGAAAUCGAAAUUGCCAAAGGAGAACUCGAAAUUGCUCAAGUGAUUUCCAAUAACAAACAAGCAAAAAUAAAUUUAUUGGAAGCUCAAAUGGAGCAAUUGAAGACUCUUCUCAAGCAAAAGGAAAGUCUGAUCCAAGCGAAGAAUGAGGAAACCUCGUUACUUAUCCAAACUCUCGCUGUCAAGGAAACGCUACUAGCAGAAAAAAGAGAGAUUAUCGAGGCCAACGAAGCCACAUUUCAGAAGAUAAAGGAACUGCCGGCUGUGAAAGAAGCGACCAGUCUUGAUGAUGUCCUGAAAUUUCUAGAAGAAGAAAAUGAGAAGAUCGUGUCCAGCAAACUGCUAAUUUCUAGAAACAUGCAACGGAGUGGCAUGUGGGCACCUGAAAUAGUUUCCGAGGUUGUUGACCAAGACGAAUUUGUUAUUGGAUAUGUUGAAGGGGACACCGCACAUUCAAGUGUCACAGAGGAUUUGGAAACAUUGAAGUUGGAUGAACUCUCGAAUGACACGGACACUAAGUGUAAGGCAUUGGACAGUAACCCGAUCGUCACAGUAAUCCGAAAUUUGGACAGUGACCCGAUUGUUGGAAACUCUCACAAAUUAACAACUGAGCACGAAAAAGCGGAUUAUGGAAGAGAUGCACUCGAAAAGUUGAAUGAGUCGCCAACAAACGCUGCCGAAUCUGAUGUUACUGCUGCCAAAAAAGAAACUACCACGUAUUUUGUGGAAUAA